GAUGAGUCAUAUUUUAUAGUUAAAUAAAUUGAGUUGAGUUGAUAGGUAUCCAACAGGUGUUGGUGCGAAAAAGCUAAAUUAAUUAAGGUGAGACACAACAGAGAGUGAAGAUGCCGUGUUUAGUGUUGUUGCAAUCUCUACCAGCAAUUGCAUGUGGUUUCCUCUAUCGUGCGCCUCUAAAGUGUAUUCCCAUAACCUUCAGUCGCCACCUCUAUAGCCAUCAACUACCAUCUCCUCUUCAGUCUUCUCCUCCCCACUUCCUCUUCCUUCUCUCGUCUCCGUAAUCCUAAAAUCUUCCCUCUCUUCUCCUGGAUGGAGCAAUAUUGGAGUGGAACUGCAAUUAGCAGAAACAAGGGAAUGAUUGAGCAGUUGCAGAGAUAUGGAGUGAUCAGAUUUGAGAGAGUAGUGGAAGUAAUGAAAACUAUCGACAGGGCUUUAUUUGUACCCGAGGGAACCCCAGCUUAUGUUGAUAGCCCCGCGAGUAUAGGUUACAAUGCCACUAUUUCAGCACCUCAUAUGCAUGCUAUGUGUCUUCAAUUAUUGGAGGACAAGUUGCAGCCGGGCAUGCAUGCUCUUGAUGUCGGUUCAGGAACUGGGUAUCUCACAGCUUGUUUUGCACUAAUGGUUGGACCAAAAGGUCGAGCUGUUGGUGUUGAACAUAUCCCGGAGUUACUUGCAUGGUCAAUCAAGAUUGUUGAACAAAGUGCAGCAGCUCCCUUACUGAAAGACGGCUCCCUCUCACUGCAUGUUGGUGAUGGGAGGAAGGGUUGGUCAGAGCAUGCACCCUACGAUGCUAUUCACGUCGGAGCAGCAGCGGGUGAUAUUCCUCAAGAUCUCAUAGAUCAGUUGAAGCCUGGAGGAAGGAUGGUGAUUCCAGUGGGAACUUUUUUUCAACACGUACAGGUUAUAGACAAGAAUUCAGAUGGUUCGAUCAGCAGUCGAAGUGAGACUUCUGUCCGUUAUGUUCCUCUCACUAGUCGGGAUUCACAGUUAGAGGGCCUGUAAAUUCAGCUGUUCGCAUGUGAUGGUAAUAGUCAUAGUUUACUGUGUAUAACUAAUUCUUCUUUUUUCUGCUUUCUUUUGUACAGCUCUGCGAACCCUUAGAAAUUAGAAUGAUGAAUCAAUGUAUGAAAUGAUGCUGUUUUAGUUUCUAUUUAGAUUUCUCAUACUAAGACAGUCUUGUGCAUACAAUAUUUCAUAUGGUGAUGUUGAAUCGAAAAGCCCCUUGGUUA